AUGGCUGGCGCACCAACAAGGCGGUGGUACCACUGGUUUUCACCAGAGGACACCCCGCAAGAAAAGAAACUCAUCUUUAAGCUCGACUUGCUCCUUGUGCCCUAUGCAUUUAUCAUCUACUGGGUCAAGUAUGUUGACCAAACCAAUAUCAACAAUGCCUAUGUGUCGGGCAUGUCCGAAGAGCUAGGGUUCCACGGGAAUGAGCUGGUGCAAUUCCAAACCGUCUUCGUGGUCGGAAAUGUCGUCGGCCUACUGCCCUUCAUCUAUCUCUUCCCAAGAGUUCCCAUGCAUUAUUUGGUCCCCACUCUUGACCUCCUCUGGGGCCUUUUUACACUGCUGCAGUAUCGUGCACAGAGCUUUGGAGAAAUCGCGGCGUAUCGAUUCAUGGUUUCGCUCUUCGAGGCUUCAUACUUCCCCGGGGUACACUUUGUGCUAGGAUCAUGGUACCGCAGCGACGAGAUUGGCCGCCGUGGCGGUUUCUUCUACAUCGGACUCACUCUCGGUACCAUGACGGCGAGUCUGCUACAAGGAGCGGCAACAGAAUACCUCGACGGGGUGAAUGGGCUGGCAGGUUGGCGUUGGGCAUUCAUCAUCAAUGCAGUCAUUACACUACCCCUCGCCUUUUUGGGAUACUUCAUUUGGCCUGGGACGCCGAACAAGCCCAAUCGUCUCGUCAUCAACAAGACCGAACUUGCCCUUGCCAAGGCUCGACUCGAACGAACAGGAUCAAAAGUCCAGAGCACGCCAUUCUCAUGGUCGCUGCUCCGUCGUGUUUUCACGAGCCGGCGCUUCUAUCUGUUGGUUUUCUGGGACAUACUGUUCUUCAACUCCAGCUCAAACUCGGCCGCGUUCUUGCUCUGGAUCAAGAGCCUCGCCCGCUACGAUACCACGACCAUGAACCAACUGGCAGCCAUCAGCCCCGGCCUCGGCAUCUUUUUCGUCCUCUUCAUCAACUUCAGUGCCGACCUCUGGCUUGGUAGGCCGGGUGCCAUCACUCUGGCCUCUGCGGUCAACUUUACAGGCCUGGUCAUUCUUGCAAUCUGGAACGUGCCCGAGGCAGCGAAGUGGUUUGCAUUCAGCGUCACAUUCUCUGCCGUUGCGGUCUCUUCCGUUCUCUACGGCUGGGCCAACACAAUUUUGAGGCACAACAACGAAGAACGUGCAAUGACAUUGAUUCUCAUGACUGCCAUCGCCACCUCUACCACUGCCUGGAUUCCUUUGUUCACCUAUCCCACUGUCGAAGCUCCCCGGUUCCCCAAGGGCUACGUCUACUCGUCAGUUAUGGUGGUGUUGCUUGUUCUGAUGACACAGGUUAUUCGGGUCCUAUUUGGCAGCCACGGGUAA